UCUUUCCUUUGCUUUUUACUCGAAAGAGAGAUCGGCUCUGUAUGAUGGUGAUAUAAGAGAUCCGACCGAGCAGGGGAAAUAUCCAGUGUGAGCAGCCUCUCUUUCCUCCGGUCGCCUACGAGUGCGGGCGAGGAGGGAGUCACUGUGGAUCGAGGAUAAGGAGCGGAAAGACUGCAUCUUGGGGUGGAAUCUGUGUCGAAUAAAUUCUUGAAAUCUUUUUUGUUCAAGUUUUUGGGGGUGAAAUUUCGUGCUUUUUCUGAGGGUUGGCAUUGUUUUGGUUGGAAACGAUGGAGUUGAGGUCAUCGUGUGGUGGGUUUUGUAGGGCUUGAGUUGAAGGUAAUUGAGCUUGCAAGUGGUGUUGUAUUUUCCUUUUUUCUUCUGGUUGGAUUCUCUGAGAGAUUUCGGUGGAGUGCAGAAAGGUUGGACUUUUGGGAUUUUGCGCCUGCUUUUGAUCGUCUAUGAGACGAAAAGUUUGGGGAUAAGGACAAGAAAUUUCACGGGUUCUCCAUUUGGUGCCGGUCGUUUCUCUUCUUGCUUCACCAGUUGCCUCAGUUCUGUUCGGAGCGAAGGAACGUGUCUUGUGCUAUAAAGGAUAUGAAGAAUUGGCUCGUGCGGAAGAAUUCUUCCAAGGCCAGUUAGAGUUGCUCUUAUCCGACGAAUCCACGAGAGAACCAUCAAUGAAGGACAACGAUAAGUGCCUGGACUCCCAGCUCUGGCAUGCUUGCGCUGGCGGGAUGGUUCAGAUGCCGGCCGUGAACUCCAGGGUCUACUACUUCCCCCAGGGUCACGCGGAGCACGCCCAAGGAUUUGUGGACUUUGGGAAUUCACGGUGGAUACCGCCGUUCAUACUCUCCCGAGUCACGGCAGUCAAGUUCAUGGCUGACCGGGAGACAGACGAAGUCUUUGCCAAGAUCCAGAUGGCCCCUAUCAGGGGCAGCGAGCUCGACUAUGCUGAAGAUGAUGGGCUGGACCUCGGUAUGAAUGGAAUUGAUGUGUGCGGAAAGCCUGCUUCUUUUGCCAAGACAUUGACCCAAUCGGAUGCCAACAAUGGUGGUGGAUUCUCGGUCCCUCGCUACUGCGCUGAGACCAUCUUCCCGAGGUUGGACUACUCGGCAGAUCCUCCGGUACAGACCGUGAUCGCAAAGGAUGUACAUGGCGAGGUGUGGAAGUUUAGGCACAUAUACAGGGGGACACCUCGUCGGCACCUUCUCACCACCGGAUGGAGCACCUUUGUGAACCAGAAGAAACUUGUGGCAGGGGAUUCCAUUGUGUUCCUCAGAGCAGAGAACGGGGAACUCUGUGUUGGUAUCCGACGUGCCAAAAAAGGUGGGGCUGGUGAUGGCCCAGAUUGCUGGCCAGGAUGGAAUCCCCCAGGCAGUAAUGGUGCUUCUGGAUAUGGUGGCUUAUCUGUCUUCGUGAGGGAAGAAGAUGGCAAAUUGAUGAGAGGUAAUGGUGAUGAUUUUGAUUCCAGCAGGGGUAUAAGAGGAAGGAGCCAAAUGAGAAUAGAUUCUGUCAUUGAGGCGGUAAAACUUGCAGCAAAUGGGAAGCCUUUCGAGGUUGUGUACUACCCGAGAGCCAGUACGCCAGAGUUUUGUGUAAAGGCUGCAGCAGUGAAAGCAGCGAUAAGGAUCCAGUGGUAUCCGGGGAUGAGAUUUAAAAUGGCUUUCGAAACUGAGGAUUCAUCAAGGAUUAGUUGGUUCAUGGGGACUAUAUCUUCGGUUCAGGUUGCAGAUCCCAUAAGAUGGCCUAAUUCACCAUGGAGACUUCUCGAGGUGACGUGGGAUGAACCAGACCUGUUACAGAAUGUGAAGCGUGUGAGUCCAUGGCUGGUUGAACUGGUUUCAAAUUUGCCAGCCAUUCAUCUUGCACAUCUCUCACCACCCAGGAAAAAGCCACGGAUUCUCCAACACCCUGAUUUUCCCUUUGAAGGUCAAUGUCCAAUGCCAAUGGUCGUAGGAAACCCCAUCAUCACCAGGGACAGCCCCUUCUGCUGUUUUUCUGACAACACUCCUGAAAGCAUACAGGGAACCAGGCAUGCACAAUUUGGUCUAUCUUUAUCAGAUGUCCAACUUAACAAACUGCAGACGGAUCUGUUCCACACUGGGUUUCAUCGGCUUGAUCAUGCUACUCUGCCCUCGAGGAUUUCUACGGGUGUUACUGCUGGCAAUCCUACUAUUCGUGACAAGGUAUCAUGUUUGCUAACUAUCAGUCAUCCUUCUCAGAGCCUGAAGAAAUCAUGUGAUGGGAAGCCACCACAAUUGGUGCUCUUUGGGCAACCAAUACUCACUGAAGAACAAGUGUCUUUGAACAAAUCUGAGAAUACGACAUCCCAUUGUGCUACCGGAAACAGCUUAUCGGAUGAGAAUCUUGAAAAGACAGUGAGUAUGUCUGAUGGUUCUGGAUCUGCAAUAAAUCUGAAGGGAUCUCUUGAAGCAUUCCCAAGUCAGAAGGAUCAUCUAGCUUCGGAGUUUGGUCAUUGGACUGGGCAAUGUAAGGUGUUUAUGGAAUCAGAGGAUGUGGGUCGCACCCUUGACCUCUCUGUAUUAGGCUCAUAUGAGGAACUAUAUGGGAGGCUUGCUGACAUGUUUGGAACUGAAAAAUCAGAGAUGGUGAGUCAUGUGCUUUAUAAAAAUGCAGCCGGUGCAGUUAAACACACUGGAGAAGAACCUUUCAGUGACUUCAUGAAAUCAGCCAGGAGACUGACAAUAUUAACUGAUACAGGAAGCGACAACAUAGCAAGCUAGGGAAAGUCACUUGCCAAUUGUAUAGUUGAGCAGGCAAGUCUCUUCUUAAAUUGCCAACAUCACAGGCACUUCAUCUUGGAUGCUGAUUUUAUGUUUCGAAAGCCAGUUUUCUGUUUCAUCUCAAUUUCCAGUAUGAGUUUCACAACUAAGGACAAGUUAUUAGCAACUUUAUUUAGCAAAAGAAUCAGUGUUGCGGUCUAUUCUCGCUGGAAAUUCCUGCCACAUUUAUUUGUGCUAGAAAAAGCACAAACUUUGGUCUUUCAGGCACAUGGAAAAACACUAACUACGAUGGAGUUGGUUCUCUGUGUGAGAAAGUCGGUGGUCAGUUGUCAUAGUUUUAGCUGGUCCGUGCAUAUUAUUAGAGUCGAGUUUCAAUGCUUGUUGGAUGCUGUGUAAUAUAAACUUAAAACCACAAUAUUGCCGAAAGGAAUGCAGAUUGUUCAAUCUUCUUCAUUGACU